AUGACCAGAGACUUGCUAAGUGCGGAAGCGCCACCAAGGGACAUCACAGGUGCGGCGGCGCUCCCAGGGGCCCUCCCAGGUGCAGCGGGACCCUCAGGAGUUCUCCCAGGGCCGGAGGGACCUCUAGGUGCCUUCCAAGGGGUGGCAGCGCCUCCAGGGGACUUCCCAGGAGCGAUGGUGCCUCCAGGGAAAUUCUCUGGUUCGUCGCCGCCUCCGGGGGAUCUCCUUAAGGCAGAGGCUUCCCCAGGAGACCUCACAGGUGCAGCUGCGCUCUCGGGAACAUUUUCAGGUGCGGCAGCGCCCCCAGGGGUCCUCCCAGGGCCGACGGUACCCCUAGGUGCCUUUAAAUGGGCGGCAGCACCUCCAGGAGCCCUCCCAGGAGCGGUGGUGCCUCCAGGGAAAUUCUCUGGGUCGGCGCCGCCUCCGGGGGAUCUCCUGAAGGCAGAGGCUUCCACAGGUGGCCUCCCAGGGGUGGUCGUACCCCACUGUUCCUCCCAAGGGCGGCGGAACCCCCAGGAGCCCUACCACGGGAGAUCUACGGGCGGCAGUGCCCCCAGGGCCUCAGACUCAGGUGCGGCAGCACCCUCAGGGGUUCCAGGCCUCUGGGUGCCUUCCAAAGGGGUGGCCGCCUCGGGUCCCUCCCAGGAGCGUUGGUGCCUCAGGAAUUUGACGGAAUGGUGCCUUGAUAUCCGAAGGCAGCUGCACCUCAGGCCUCCAGCAGUUGUCAGUACCCAGGGUUCUAUCAAGGGGCGGAGCCCCAGGAGCCUAAAAGAGAGACGUGCUACGGGCGGCAACGCCCCCAGGGGACCUCACAGGUGCGGCUGCGCUCUCAGGGGCAUUCUGAGGGACGGCAGCGCCCUCAGGGGUCCUCCCAGGGCCGGCGGUACCCCUAGGUGCCUUCCAAGAGGCGGCAGCACCUCCAGGGGCCCUCCCAAGAGCGGUGGUGCCUACAGGGAAAUUCUCAGGGUCGGCGCAGCCUCCGGGGGAUCUCCUAAAGACAGCGGCUUCCCCAGGUGGCCUCCCAGGGGUGGUCGUACCCCCAGUGUUCCUCCCAAGGGCGGCGGAGCCCCCAGGAGCCCUACCAGGGGUGCCCCUCCGAGGAGCCCUCUAGAUUGCUUCGUCAUUGGACCUACGAAUAGUGGCGGUGCCCCUAGGGGCCCUCAAAUAGGCUGGGGCUCCCCUAGGGACCAUUUCAAGGACGGCAGUACCCCCAAGUGGCCUCCAAUGCGCAACAGCACCCAAGGGCCCUACCAGGGGCGGUGGCACCCCCAGGGAAAUUCCCUGGGGAUCUCCCAAGGACAGCGUCGCCCCCAGGGAGACGUGCUAGGGGCGGCAGCGCCCCCAGGGGACCUCACAGGUGCGGCGGCACUCUCAAGGGCCCUCCCAGGUGCGGCGGCACCCUCAGGGGUUCUCCCAGGGCCGGCGGUACCUCUAGGUGCCUUCGAAGGGGUGGCAGCGCCUCCAGGGUCCCUCCCAGGAGCGUUGGUGCCUCCAAGGAAUUUCUCUGGGUCGGUGCUGCCUCUGGGGGCUCUCCUGAAGGCAGCUGCGCCUCCAAGGGUCUCCCAGGGGUUGUCGUACUUCCAGGGUUCCUAUCAAGAGCGGCGGAGCCCCCAGGAGCCCUGCCAGGGGUGCCCCCUCCCAGGAGCCCUCUAG